AUGGGUCGAUUCUGGGAUUUGGAAUCAGAGUAUCUUUCCCUCCCUCAUGGUUUUCCCUCCCUCUGGAUUCCUCUCUUCUCCCUUUGGGUUUCUUUCCUCCCCCUCUGGGUUCCUCUCCUCUCCCUCUGGGUUUCACUCCUCCCCUCUCGGUUUCUCUCCUCCCCUUCUGGGUUCCUCUCCUCCCCUUCUGGGUUCUUCUCCUCCCCUUCUGAGUUCCUCUCCUCCCCUUCUGGGUUCCUCUCCUCUUCCUCUGAGUUCCUCUCCUCUCCCUCUGGGUUCCUCUCCUCUCCCUCUGGGUUUCUUUACUCUCCCAAUAGGUUCCUCUCCCUUUGGGCACCCCUUCCUUUGGGUUCCCCUCCUCCUUUUUGCGAGAGUCUCCACAUCGUCCGCAUUAGGACGACAAGCAUUCUUUCCUCAAAGUCUUUAAUCUCCUUCCUCCCGUCUCCUUCCACUUGCUCGUCCCAUCAUCCCACAUCUCCUUCCAGUUUUCCAUGA